AUGCGGAAGCUGAGCGCGCCGCGGGGCGGCGGGGAGAAGGUGGGGGUCCUAGCGCUCGAGGUGGCGGCGCUCAUGUCACGGGCCGCGGGGCUAUGGCGCGCGCUGGACGCCACCAACCUGGCGCGGCUCCGCGGGGAGACCAUCCGUCACGAGGGCGUGCGGCGGCUCGUGGCGGACGACGACGCGGCGCUCCUGUCGCUCGCGCUGGCCGAGAUGGCCUCCGCGUGCCGCCGCCUCUCCCGCUCCGUGUCCCGCCUCUCGACGCGCUGCGCCGACCCGCUGCUCCGCCGCUUCGACGCCCUCUUCGCCGCGCUCGUCCGGUGCAACGCCGACCCGCACGGGCUCCGCUACGCCGCCCACAAGAAGAUGGACCGCAAGGCCCGCAAGAUGCAGCGCCUGGUCACCGCCACCGUCCACCUCUGCCACGAGCUCCACGUGCUCGCCGAGCUCGAGCACCACCACCAGCAGGCUCACCUUGUCGGUGGCGGCCGGGCCGAGUGCGCGCGCCUCGUGGCUAGGCAGAGGCAGGAGGUGGAGCGGCUCCGUGCGGCGUCGCUCUGGGCGCGGUCCUUCGACUACGCCGUCCGCCUGAUCGGCAGGUCGCUCUUCACCGUCGUGGCGAGGAUCAUCGAGGUGUUCGACCUCGAGCCCGUCGCGCGGCUCCUCUCCGCGUCUGCGUCUGCGUCCCUGGAGGACGACGACGAGGAGGAGGCGUCGUCCAAGGCCUCGCGGCUCUCGUGGAGCGCCUCGUUCGUGAGCGGCAGCAUGCAGCUGCAGUCCAUGGUGUACCCUUCCGACGCCGUCGCCGCCGAUGCCGACGCGCCUCGGAAGACGGUGCGGCUGCGUGCGAGGUCUGGCAAGGUUACCACCACCGGUCCCGGCGCCGGCGACGCGCGUCGGUUCCUUAUGUCUAGGAGAAAGAGCCUCGGGCAGCAGCUCAGCGUCAGGUGGCCCGCGGCUGGUAAGUACCUCAUCGGCUGCGUCGUCAUGGGCAGCAGCGGGGACGCGGCUCAUCUCCCCGUGAGCUUCAGCUACGUUUCAUCAGCCGCCGGCAGCGUCGACGACGACGGCGACGAUGGCGACUUCAGCAGCAGUGGCAUCGUUAGUUUCCACUCCCAAGCGGCGGAGGCAGGCGGAGGCGGCGACGCGAGGACGACGACGACGACGUCCGUGUUCGACGCCUCCUCACGCGACGUGGUGACGCACCCGCCGGAGUCGUCCCUGGGCGCCGCGGCCCUGGCGCUGCACUACGCGAACCUCAUCAUGUUCAUCGAGAAGCUCGCCGCGUCGCCGCUCGACAUCUGCCCCGACGACAGGGACGCGCUGUACGGGAUGCUCACGGCCAGGCUCCGGGCGUCCCUCAGGGCGCGGCUCAGGCCGAGCCCGGCGGCUCCGGCUCCGGCUCCGGCGCGCUGCUGCUGCGACGACCCCGUGCUCGCGGCCGAGUGGUCGGACACGGUGCGGAGGAUCCUGGCGUGGCUCGCGCCGCUCGCGCACAACAUGGUCCGGUGGGAGACCGAGAGGAACUUCGAGCAGCGGAACGUGGCCUCCGGCGGCGACGGCGGCGGCACCGUGCUGCUCCUGCAGACGCUCCACUUCGCGGACCAGAGGAAGACGGAGGCCGCGGUCACGGAGCUGCUCGUUGGUCUCGACUACAUGUGGCGACACGGGACUGACAUCGAAGCCAAGGCGGCGGCGCUGUCAACUGAACUGGACGAGCUGGGAUGGCCAAGUACAAACAUCACCUUUCAGACAAAGCGACCCGUUGCUAAUUUUGCUCCUUCAGAUAGGUACUUCAGCGUAAAGAUCUGCUCUUACUAUGUAGCUAAUCGUAUGUACUGA